AUGAUAAUUACUAAGAAGAAGAAGAAGAAGAAGAAGAAGAAGAGGGAGAAGAAGAAGCAGAAGAAGAAGAAGAAGAAGAAGAAGAAGAAGAAGAAGAAGAAGAAGCAGAAGCAGAAGAAGAAAAAGACGACGAGGAAGAAGAAAAAGUAGAGGGAGAAGAAGAAGGAGAUGAAAAAGAAGAAGAAGAAGAAGAAGAAGAAGAAGAAGAAGAAAAGGAAUCGGUCGCUGGAAAAAGGGCUUUAUCCGCCUGACGUUUCGGAUUCUCUCCUGAACCCAUCACCAGUUUCUGCCACUGUCUCUGAUGGGUUCAAGUGAGAAUCCAAAAUGUCGGGCGAAUAAAGCCCUUGUUCCAGCGAUCACUAAUUCUUCUUUCUAUUUUUCUUCUUAUCAUGUAGUUUCUGGAACUCGCGUCUUCGCUUGUAUCGCUGAUUAUCUUUCCUCACAAAGCCUCUGGCAGGCAGCAUGAAAGACAAUGUAAUUGAAGCACUUGAUGACCCAAAUGAGGACAAACAAACAGUCGUCGCACCAAAUACGUUUCCCGCUAAUAAAUGCGUGCACUGCCAUUCAUGAUAGAUGUGUGCUGACAUGACAGUCGCUUCCUAUAAAUAAUACACCGCUUUCGGCUAAAUAACGCUUUUGAGAAACAAGAUUGGCCCACCGGGACAGGUCUAUUAGAAUGCUGAGAUUUCGGAGAGCUUUAUCUGCUCAUCGCUGUCAAAAAGCAGAACUAGAAGUGACAUGUUGCGCUGGUUGGCCACAUGCUGAAUGAUUUUUAUCUCUGCCCUCCCUGCCUCAGACUUUCGGGAAAUGUUGGGACGGAAGAGGGGGUUAAGCUGCGCGUGUUGCGAGUCACCAAUCCAUCCUGGGGGGUAACUGAGCCCCUGUCGGAGUUGACCCGGCUGGCGGCUCUUUUUUUUCCUUGUCGAGCGAACUCGUCACCGGGCUGUGUCCGCGCGGCCAUCUUAACUUCUGUGUGGUCGCCUUGUCCUGAGUUUUAUAUAACCCUUCUCUACCACUGUCUCCGAUGAUAAGACCGUGCGAAAAACCCAAAGCAACAGGUCAACAAACUUCUCGUUUCAAAGAUUGCAUCUAAUUAUUCUGAACCUCGUCCAAGAAAUCGCCUUUAAGCUUCUAUAGGGCGACGUGUGAGCACCAAUAUAGAAUCUAAAUUCGGGGGUAACUGGCCCUGAAGCACGAAAUAGGGAUAACGCAAAUUUAAAAUAAAAUGGUCCCGAUUUUCGAAGUCAAUAAUGUUUCUUAUUCAUUUUUGAGAGCUCAUGAUAAACUUCGUGCUUAAAAUUUUGUGUUCCGGGGAAAAAAACAUCGAUUGGUAAGCAGUUCCUCCAAAUCGACUAUAGAGUUGAUGAAACACGAAAUUCAGGUCAAUCUACCAAGUACAACUCCACGACUGGUGGAUGAUCUCCUGGCGGCGCGUCAUAAACGCAUGAAGCCGGUUUGAAGGAAUUGCUUGGAGGUGCUGGGUUAGAUGCAGGCAACAUCGGACAUCAAACUUUAUGUCUUUAUAUAGAUUUGGGCAUAAGGAUAUGGUAAUGACAUAUUUUUCGCGCGAAAAGUUUCUUCCUCUUCUCGAAUUUUCCGACUUUUUUGUUAGAUUUCGCGGCAUUUUGAUUUAUUGUUUUUGAGAGUUUGUCAUUGUGCUUGGAUGGUUUUUUAUGGCUGUCGGUUGUACACCUUAAUACAUUUUAUCGCGCUUUUUAAUAGUUGCUUAGCCGUUUCCUGUUCCUUACAUUUAUUACUCACGAAUCUUAUUGACGUAAGCAGUUCCACCCUGAUUAACUUUCCAGCCCUAUCCUACUCCCUUUUCCAUGAUUUCUUCUAAUCAGAUCCGUACAUGGCAUGGGUUUUACGUCCUCGCAGAUCCCUUUACAAUCACCAUUCUCCUCAUAUGUUGGGGAGUUUGGACCUAUAAAGUCAGAAAUGAAUUAUCUUUCGCGAUCAUGAGAAAUUCUAGUGGUCACCAGCAAGAGUCGAAAUGUCCCGUUUGACAGAGACACCCCAGCAGAUCAGGCAGUAAAGACAGCGUGCAGACGAAAGAAAAUAGUUCCAGAGUAGCACCCAAUAUGUUCACACGGCAAGCUAACCAGAGAGGACCAAGUGACUUCCGGGUCAUGAUUAUAUUGCUCCCACACAGUAGCGACUAUAAUUCCGUUUUAUUCUUUUGUACAUUCCCUGUUAAAAGGCAGGGAAGAGUCAGUUAUUUACAGGUGAAAUUUCCCACAUUAACCACGGUCCUGACCUUCCGCGAUAUUUGCGCUUAGGAAUCCCUUUUUAACAUUCUUAGUCCUUGGAUGCCAGUUAGAACUGCGGACUGUGAUUUAGUACUGUGAACCUUCAAAUUUUCCAAAGUCCCAUUGAGAACCUUGGCUUUCUGAAAAUAAAUAUCACGUAGGACACGCAUUCGCACCCCGCAGAGUUUGCUUAAAGCCCUUGAGAUAAACGCAAAUUACCCAUCUAUACAUCGUCGUUUCUAGCCCUGUCUCUUUAAUUUAGCCAACAUCUCAGAUCACAAAUUCACAAUUGCCCAUUUUUGUCGUACCGUACUUAUUCAUCUUAUGAUCUCGUUGCCAACAAAAGACCAAACCAACCUGGCGUAGCACACCGAAGGGAUUCGGAGCUUACGUCCUCGAAACUAUUUCUCCUACCCCGAUCGAAUUUACAUCUGGCAAGGUUGUAAUCGCCGGUAUUCGAGUUCGGCGCUCUUCUUUCAGACGAUGGCCCCGAUACCUUCUUUCUGCCGAUAUGUACUAAUCACUUAUGAUCUUCCGGUUAAUUUUGAUUUCUACGAUCGUUCCGUUAUCAAGUAAUUUAACUGCAAAUAGUCUGUACCGCCUGUCUAGGGGUUUCAAGUCUAAAGUGAAGUAAGUUUCGAUUCGAAACGCUACAUCCUGUAAACGCCACAAACAUUUAGCGUAGUAUGACAGAUGUUAUUCAGGAUUCCUUUAGUAUUGCUAGGUGUCUAACAAUUUUGCAUGCUUAUUAGGGUUGUCAUAUUAUCUAACUUAACGGUCCAUGUUUAUGCCCCUCAAUUAUCCGUACUAAGCCCACUGCUCCGUCCAAUCUAGGCUGACAUCCUGAAUCUGCUAAUUUCGAACAACUGCCUCCCGUGAAGACACGAUUUGUGAUAUUAAGGCUUCACUGAGCAUGCUUCUAUUCAAGAAGGUCCGACACGCGGUGCCGAUUAGAUUAACCAAAAAGUCACUUUACGACAGCUUUGUUAAGCUUUGACUUUCCUGUGAGCAACCGACGCUUAGUUUUGAAACGGAGCGUAAACAUUACCUCAUUUAAUGAUAUCGCUCUAAAUGUCGACUCCAGCACAGUGUGCGCCACAUCACAAAGACGAAACAGUGCAUACAGACUGUUGCAAAGACAUGGAAGGCAGUUCUUGUCCUUCAAAUACGUCUUCGAAGCUCACUGGAUAGAGUGACCAUAAUACACUUAAACUUUUUUUUUCGACUGCGCACCGAAAGCUGCUCUCAAAGGUGGUCUCUGUACUUUAUUCAUAAGACUGAGUUUUCGCAAAAACUGCAGUACCAAACAAAAAAGCCUACUUUUUUGCUUCGGAAUCUACCAAAAUGCCUGAAAAUGCCAAACUCCCUCACAAUGUUGCAGUCCUGCCAACACAUAGCCUCGCCUUGUGGGUGUGGCCAAGCAGAGGAUGGACGUGGACGUGGACAUGUCCACGCCCUAUUUUGAAGAAUUUCAGGAGGUAUUUCAGUCGCUUAAACGGUAUCUUUUGCGUUUACAUGUUCCGCGUUUGCCUAAAUAUACGUUAAUUCACCCAGGCAGUAUAAGGGUUUUCAUCGGAGUACAAUCGACAAGCCGAUUGCGUGGGACAAGAAGGCAUAUUACGCGCGGACGCGGGAUCCCUCCGCUCCCCCCAUACGUCGUCGGUGGUAGGCCAACCACUGGAAUUAUAAAUGCCCGAACUUGUCCCAAAAGUUUAUACGGGUAGGCAUCUUACUGCAUUGCUUACUAGAAAGUUCAGAACUCGUAGAAAUAAGUGAGGGCGCAGUAACAGGCAGGUGCUAUCUGUCAGAUUUACGGGGAUUCAUCCUGUAGGCCCAAAUGCCACUAUCCAAAACAAAGAAGUUGUUUCGCAUGCUGCGGCCAUACCACUCAGAGUUUUCCAAAGAUCCGUAGACGACAUUACAAACGACUCGAACUUUCCUUUCGCAGGCCCCUGAACAAGGGCAGCUAUGUCCAUUUGGGUCUUGGGCGUGUUCUACUGGACCAACUGUGCGCACGACUUAUCACUGUCUGAGGAGGGGCGGACGAGUUCACUACUUUGAAUGCCAGACCAUCACCUGGCCUCCGCCGAUCGGAGCCUAUUUUUGAUACGCCAUCUAGGGACUGCAUUUCCCCCGUUAUUAACAUCAUUAAUUACUUCCAUGGCAAUAACACUACCUAUGUUUUACGACGGACCUUUUUUGCAGGAGCCGCCGAUAACCGGUGGAAGUGGUCUAGAAGCCUUUUAGUGUCCCGUUGUGAACUAUAACCUUGCCUGUAUUUUUCGCACUGAUUGUCCUCACUUGCAAACGCUAAUAAAUCGUCGUUUCUAACCCUUGUCUGCACACUUUUCUAUGCUGUGUACAUUUACGUGGAGUGGUUAUCGCUGAUUUGCACUAGCCGAGGCUGAGAGGAUUCAAUGACACAUGUAAAGGUACUGCGGUAGCCGAUAGUUUAGAAUGAAUGCACUCGCGAGUGCAAAACCGAAGCCAAAAAAGGUGGAGGAACUAAGGGGAAAUGGGGAGCGCCGCCGCGCAUUUCUUCGGAUGCUGCGGCCAAACCUGACUAUCGUGUCUAAUAUCACGGACUAGCCACGCCAGAGAGCCUCGUCUGGCCUCUUCAUAUCCUCCUAUUGCCACGGCGACAAGGCACGGCCAGCCGAGGCUGAUGCUGGUAGGAAGGGGAAGUAAAGCAUUUAUAUAGUCUAAACUUACUAUAUAUUUUACAAGACUGACGGUGUAACUGCGCAUUUGUACCUCCAGUAUACCCAAACCAUAUAGCCUCCAUGGAAAAACUAUCAGAAACCUUAACCGUACAAAAAUAUUUAUCCAUGACUUUACAAUCUAAUCACGAGUCACUCAUGCGGCAUCUCAAUGAUCGAAUUCACCGAUCAACGGGGUGGUCAAUGAAACUAUUACUUCGGCAUUCAAGAAAUGUUUGAAUUUCAUGUAGAAGCCAAGACAAGUCAAAAGCAUUUGAUCUAAUUUGCUAGUAAUCUAAAAUACACGAGUAGACGAUUAUUGGUUUUUAUCGGGGUCUAAGUGUUGCCAUUUUGCAUAUUAGGAUGAAAAGCAAGUCCGUUUUUAUUUUUUCAACACCAGUCUUUCUAGGGUACAGUUUUUGACUAAUUUAAUGCAAAUUUCGGUGUUGGUCUCAAUGUGUGUUCUGCCUCCUAGUAUAGAUUACCUCAUAGAUGUCCGAUAUGGCACUAUCUAGUCUGUAUGAUUUAAUCGAGGCUAGUAAAGGACUGAGUGAGGCCAGUGAAGACGACUGUGGGCAAUGCUUUAAAACACUGGCCAUGUCUUAGAUGACUUACGAGAGUCGGCAACCCUUAAAUUAGUUUAAUUCAUGAGAAUUUGUGUAAUACACGAAGGCUUUGUGGGGUGCAAAAUAAACUAGCAUUUCUCGCAUAUAAAUGAAGAUAUCGAUUAGAUGGCUAUACUGGCUGACGACAGGGCAAUACCCCGUACUUAUGAAUAUAAAACAAAAUAUUUUUCUCAUAUAAUUUUAAGUGAAGCAUUGACAAUCGCGUGUCAGACUUUAUUAAACGACCCGUGAUGUGUCCAGCAAAAGCAUCUAAAACGGAAAAAUCGUCUGUCGUGCGUAAGUAAAAUCAGGUGAAUUUUGUCAGAAAAUGUUCAUGACAUGCACAAGAGGAUGCUGGGAGGAUGAAACACUGCGUAAAAAGUAAGUGUACGGAAAGGAUAAUCGUAAGGCAUUUGGUGUGGUUUUGAGUCUACUUUACGUGUUUUUCCAAUGCAUUGGGGUUCCGUGAAAGUAUGGCAAAGUAGACGCAUAAGCGGCUGGGUGCCACUGGAGAGGAAUAUCGACCAUACUUCGGAAUAGCAAAUAGAAGCGCUCGAAGGAAGCCUGGAAUGUGUAACCAUGGUAUAAAAGAACUGUCGCAAAUCAAGUAGGAACCAGCGCAUCUGUCGCCAAUUUGCCUUCGACUGAAUCGUUGCCGAUAAGCACUAAGCAAGCAUUUGAAGACAUUGUUAUGCGACUGCGCGAGCAUGCUAACCUCAAAGAUAAAACAGUUUCUAAAUGAAAAUGAUAACUGCGACCUGUAUAUAAGGAAGCAACUUGGAUGAAGGUUUUAUUGAAAAGGACUGCAUUAGAAAAGUCCGCCAAAACUUUUAGAUUCGCGGUUUCGUUCCAGUUUCCGCUGAACCGAAUACCCCAUAAAUGUUCUUCGGGGCUUCCUCCCUUCCGGUAUUUUCAAUGAUACGCCAAAGUAAUUAACUGUCACUUACAGACAUCAUUCAACUAGGUUUAAUAUCGGCAGGCAUCAACUAAUAAUAUACAGAAGAUUGCCGGCGAAUGUUUUACGGGUGCACAGAUAGAUAUUUCGGUCCCUAAUAACUCCUGAGAACUAUCGAAAUCUUUCGACAAUAACACGGACGCCCAAAUAGUUUUAAAAAGUCCCAGCAUUUUUUUCUGUAGAUCCAUUGCCAUGAACGCCGAAAGAAACCAUACUUGACACUGCUUUACAGCUGUGUUGCUGCUCUACUACGCCUAGCAUGCGUUCGUUACAGAUACCUUUGAAUGAUGAGAUUAAUGCACAAAUUUUCGGCUAAAUAAGUCAGUAAGCUAAACCAGCUGCCUGGGAUUCACUAGCUGCGUAGGUGGUUUCCAGCCCACUUUAUGCCUUUCGGACGUGAGCACUGUCUGAUAUCUGAAUUUCAAAAGUUAGUUUCUGUUCUUUUCGUCACUGAUUUGGCGUGCUCGCAGGGAGGUAGUCAAUACGUAUGCCGCGCUCCAAAUCGCAGCCAUUGAGCAUUCUCAGGCCGAAGGCUGCCUCUGAGCUCCCUCAAAGAAUAUACCUUGCUGCUCCCGAGGGUGAGAUUUUUUCCCCGCGCAGGCUUUCUGCUCCUUGUCCAUUUUCGACCGCUAACGGAACUUCCGUAAAAAAAAAACAAGCGGGUCCAGGGCAGCGAGAUUUUUUUGACUAAUCCGACAGGUAGAAAUACAAACAUUAAGAAUACCACUCCGUGGGUGUUACCCACUGUGAUGUAAGUAAUGUUAAGUGAAAUGUAUUUUUGUUAAAAGGAUGUACCAAGUAAAAAGGGAAAAAAUUGACAUAAGUCGUAGAGCCAGUAUGUUUAAAAGUACUGUCGGAUAAGAGAACUGAACAGACAAUAUUUGGUGAAGUUAUUGCCCUAAAUUGCAGAGAUAAGAAGGUCUUCACGGUACGCAAAACAAAUAUUCAGAGUAAGUGAACGGAUGGCAAAGGGUUUCAUAGGCGGGAAUUGGCAUGAUUAGGCGGGUUCGAUAUCCUAGAAAUAUUGAAUAAUGCGAAUCUUAUGGGAGAUCGUGACGGUAGGCAGGAAAGUUUAAAUUGAAAUGUAAUAUAGUCUCAUGGGUCAGCAUGCAACAAUUGGAAAAUCGGGUCAGACGCAUUCAAAAAGGUCCUUUGUGCGUCUAAGCUGCUCUGGUUGUCAACUGUUCUAAACUAUUUGCGUCUGCCCGUAAAGUGAUUCAUCGGUAAAAAUGAAAAAAAUGUGCAGAAAAAAAGAGGAUCGACUGUAUCAAAGGAGUAAACUAAACAGUGGAUGUUGAGAAUAUAUGUUACGAAGUUAUAUUAUUUGAUAACUUUAAAAAUUCCGCAAAUGGUUUUCACAAUCUUUUUAGCAUAUUUUAUUUUCUGGGAUCAUCAGAUAGCUUAUGCAAACCGAUAGAGAAAGCGUAAAUCGGAAAUGCCGGUAUUCGGCGACUUGAAAAAGUCACGAUAAAACACUCCAGAAAAUUCAACGAAUGAGCAUCUGUAAUUACUAGUGCCUUAUUCAUGGAAGCAUCAAAAUUUGCAUCAAGUUGUCCCCACACAUGGCGUUUUCUGCUUUAUUCCCGGGCCGAAUAAUUGUCAAUAAUUCAGUGCCAAAGUCUUCAAAGUGUAACCUGUCGCUACAUUAGAGUGCUUGAGUCGGCAUGGAAAAUCACUUGUUGUUGUUGCACACUGCAUUACUAUUUGCUAGGAAGACCUACAGUUACGAAUUGUCGUAUCCAUCAUUAGAAAGCCCUCUGUGGUUGUAAAAAUGCCUACAGAAACCUUUACCCGUCGCAUUUCAUUCAAAUGAAGAUUCCAUCUCCGGCAUCUCGGUGUCAGCAGCUGAUACCUGGCCAGGAAAUCGUAUGCCCUUGUUGGGAAGAAUAUUCAUUUGUGUAUGGUACUCUGACGAGACUCAUUGUGUUUGCGCAUCAUCACUAAUAUGGAUGGAGAACAUCAGACGAGAUAGCGAAUGACAAAAUUACACUAACAAUGACUAUUCAUAAACUACAACGGAGGUGGGAGCUGACAUCAUUUGACACACUAUAAAUAGGUAUUUAGGGACAGGAAAUUCUAUAUUGUACUAAAUCACUCCAAUGCUGCAAACAUGACGCCAAAACACACGAUAGUAGGAAAAUCAGUUUAUUAACAAACGUACUAUAUAUGCGAUUCUAUAAAUGCUUAAGCUAAAAGGACGCAACGUCUGUCUAUGCACCCUUCAUAUUGAAACUGAUGGUUCAAAACUAAUAAAAAGAGAGCUAACACAUGUGUUUGUGCCACAGCAUCUCAUUUUGUUGCUAGAAAGCAUUGUUAUUUGUCUCAUGAGGGCUUAAUUCCGUAGAAAUACCUACAAUCUUGCAUAAUGAAUGAACAAAUGAUUUUGCAUUCUGCAUUUUGCUACUUCAAAAUCCAAUACAUUAGGGCGCUUUCUGUUAUCAUUUGUUUGGCCCCCGCCACAGUAAUCUGUUCGCUAUUUUAAGCAGACGCUCUCGAUUCGCAUGCGACGCUCCUCUUUUGCCCUUUCGGUUAGCGCCUGACUGAGGAUUCAGUAGAUUCUUUGGCCUCUAGGUUUGCUGUUAGAAUUCACUGUAGUGGCAGUGUGUCCAAGGGUUAUGCUAAAUUUCUGAUGCAUAAAGUCCACCAACAUUAACUCUGAUCCAGUUACUUUCGACGCUGCGUUGCCCUUUUUACCUAUAAAGUCAAGUGUUCAUGAUUUGACCAGUUAUUUGUUGGUACGCUCGUUCGGAAUUUCGGAGAAAAGACCAACGUCAAAAUGCUGGAUUACAUGAAAAACUAUAAAUAUAUGCUAACGAAAGAGUAAUUUAUCACUUAAAACGCUUAUGGAUGCAUGCAUAAAAAAUAAAAGACACAGUUAUGCAAACAAUCUGAUAGGCGACAAUUGCGUUUAACUAUAUCCGUUAGGUCCUGAUUGACCUCAAGUAGACACAUGAUUGGAAAUAAUAAUAGCACGAUGACUGGUUGUCGUGCAAGCCUGCUUUUGGUCAUAUUCUGUUUAACUGACAUCUGCUCCUCCCGAAUAAAAAUUUCAGUUGAGCCGUCUAUUGCGCAGCUCAAGUCUGCAUUAAGAAUACGAUGUGAAAUCGAUACAAAGCGUUUUGAAAUUAUGUGGUUUAAGAACGGGAGACAAUUUGCGGAGAACUGCCUAAAUUUUCGAAUCCUCCCAUUAAAUUUUACGUGUAUCCAAAAUGGGACUUUUGUGGAAUUACUUUUUAACGCUGUCGAAUAUGAAAUUAGAGGAAACUGGUCUUGCCAGCACGGAGACCAAUCCGACGGAAUUGAAGUAAAUGUCAAAGGUAGAUUUUGCGUGACUACAUCAUAUAUGACAGCUGUAACUGUCAGCAUUCAUUUGAGAAUAUUUUUACGUUGUAAGAACGCAAAUAUUUUUGUAGCCAAAAUGUUAAAAAUGUAAGAGUUAAUAUGCACUGCAUUUUCAACUUUCGUUUGCACUUUAAAUUCCUUUCAGGCCGUUAUUUUUUAGACCGCGUCAGAGACUGCAUGAAGCCUUUACAAGUUUCUUUGAUGUGCAUUUUGAUGAUUUACGGCAAUUCCUUUCUACUUUCCAUGAUUAAUGCACUAUUGCGAAGUGAAGUCGACCUUUUUAUACUUGCAUCUAGAGUACAUUUUAUUACCCUUGAUAGCAAAAAUAGUGUAUUUGCAGCUCAAAGUUUACUUCUCAGCUUGUGAUUAUUUCACCGCUCACCUGUUCUUAAAAACGAUCUAGGUUUUUUAGACCUUUCAACGUAAAUAAAUAUUUGCCAUGAAAAAGACUUUUUCGUUUUGUUUAGGAAUCGCAAUUUUUGGUAUGAUGGGGGCUGCUAAUCUCCAACUGCCCGAGAAUGACACACAGCUCAUUGACAAAAAUAAAUAUCAUGAUGUUGGUUUAUUUUCUUUGACAGAAUGCGGAAUUCCUCUUUAGACGGACUGUAUAUACUGUGAUUUGUAAUGCGGCUUGUAAACUGCCAUUUAAAACCUACGGUUUGCACGUGCGGUAAAAGUACGGACCGAAGAAGGCAUUUAAAAACAACUUUUAGUGAGUUUAAUCUGAAAUUUUUAAAGAGCCCAAAACUCAGAAGUAACAAGGGGUCAUGCUUAAACAUUGCAUACAACUAGUAAACAUAUCGUAGUGACACCCGACUGCUUACUUGAGUCCCUGCUUAUUUAAAUGUCAUCUUUUAUCCGCUUGUAUGUCGCAUUGCGUUUAGUUACACAGGCAGAUCACUGUGAAUGUCACGGUGUAUUCACAGAGCCCGCGAACUUGUCCACUUAAGAGAGGAUUUUUCACUCCUUCCAGUCCCGCUGAUUGUAAAGACUUCGGAGAUUAAGCUUAUGUCCUCAACCAGUAGUACAACAGUCUCUGGGGCAAGCGCGCUUCGUCGAGCCGGUGAAAUCCACGAUGACGCCUUCUCCAUCGCUGGCCCUCGCGCUGCUGUUGUCAUCAGGCAAUUGUCUGUUGGUGAGGAGACCACUACAAAAUUGGUCGACGUUGACUUUGGCAGUGGUACGCGAGCCAAUCCGAUCAACUUGAUACAGAGCCAGCUCUCUGGUAUGCACUCCGUGGAAAUCGAAUGUUCCACUAACUGCGUCUCUCAGUUAACGCCGCUCCGGUGGACCAUACGCAAUGGGGUAGGGUAAAUUUCAAACUUUCUUAUUAUUUGUAACCCACAAAUACUCGCACUGACUGUUUAAAUUCUGUUGUUCCGAUCGAUCUAAGUUACCCUUUGCUGACUGUAUGAGGUACGACUUCCUGACUCGGGCUCCCGUGAAACAAAGAUCCCGGGAGUCGAAUCACACUUCACCCUGUACCACAGCGGCCCCCGCGAUUCCUCUGGUCGACACGGUGUGGCGAUUGCCCUAUCACAACAAGCGGACCUCGCGCUACUUGCUUGGGAACCAGUCAAUGACCGUAUGGCCUACGUGCGACUGAAGGGUCACUUCACGAACAUCUCCAUCGUCGCUGUGUACGCACCAACUUCGGCUACCGACCAGCGCGAUAAAGAGGCGUUUUACUGUCAGUUGCAAGCGCUAGUUGAAAGACUGCCUCGCCGCGAUCUGCUGAUUGUUGCUGGCGAUUGGAAUGGUCGAACUGAACCUGGAGACCCCACAACCAGUCAUCUUCUUGUCCGCUUUGAGCUUGGUUCCCGAUGUGAAAACUGUGAGAGAUUACUGAGCUUCGCAGAUCGAAACCGACUGCUUGUCACCAACACAUGUUUCCAGCAUCGUAAAAAACAUCUGCUGACCUGGUUUUCAAACGACGGUCGUACGGCCAGUCAGAUUGACUACAUACUAGUCAGCUCAAGGUUCCGCUGCUGGGUUCACGAUAGCAGAUCGAUGCGUGGUGCCGAGACUGGUAACGCCCAUGGUUUGGACCAUGUCCUCGUCCGUACACGCCUGAAAGUUCAUCUCCCAUCCGCACCAAAAAUGCCACGUCCUAGACGUCUCAAUGUCGCAAAAAUCCGGCAAGCCAGCACUGCCGAGGCCCUAAGCAGAGAAAUCCGGACCUGUUUUACGACCCUAGCCGACGGAGAAGUCAGUAACCAGUGGUCGUCACUGAAGACCUCAGUCUAUGGGGCAGCUGAGACAAUCCUUGGAUACACCCAGCGACGCCGCAGUGACUGGAUCAGCGGAAGAACCCUGCAGUUGUCUGCUCAAACGCCUAGAGCCAGGUCCCGCAACGAUGAUUACUUCCGCCAACUUCGGAAGAUAACGGCAAAAUCGGCCAGGGAUGACCGGAAGCAAUAUUGGGCUGAAAUAGCGACAUCCAUGGAACAGGCCUCAAACGUUGGUGACACCCGAAAGCUCUACCCUCUGAUCCGCCAAGUUAGCGGUAAGCCCUCUACACUGAGUGACUCUGUUCGCGAUGUGAACGGCAGCUUUAUAGCUGACAACUCGGCCAAAGUCGAGCGCUGGCGUGAGCACUUUGAGCACCAUCUCAACUUCGAUACCCAACCUACAUCGCCCUUGCUCUCCUCCUCAGCGGAGUUUCUUCCCUCUCCUACCUAUGCAGUGCCAUGCGAUUCCCCCUCCGAGGAAGAAGUCGCCGAUGCCAUACGAAAGUUGCGCAACAAUAAGGCACCCGGAGAGGACGGUAUACCCGCUGAAAUCUUCAAGUCUUGUGUCGACACUCUGGCGCCCUGGCUCCAUGAGGUGAUUGAACGAGCGUGGAGAGACGAGGUUGUUCCUGAUGACUGGGGCUAAGACAUCCUUGUACCUAUCCUCAAGAAGGGAGAUAAGAAGAGAUGCGAGAGCUACCGCGGCAUAAGUCUCAUCGACGUUGCUGCGAAGAUCUUCGCUAUUGUCCUACUCAGACGAUUCCAGGCUGUGCGUGACUCAAGGACGAGGCCCAACCAAGCCGGAUUUCGUGCUGGACGUGGAUGCGCAGAUCAGAUAUUCACACUGAAGCGCAUUCUCGAAUUUCGCCAUAGCUACCAACAACCGACGGCCGUCUGCUUCGUUGACUUUGCCGCCGCGUUCGAUUCCGUUCACCGUGAGUCCCUGUGGCAGAUAAUGGCGCUAGAUGGUGUACCGGCAAACAUCAUCGUCAUGAUCAAGGCCUACUAUCGCUCCACUACUGCGAGAGUCCUGGUUCGUAACAAUCUUUCCCAACCGUUCGGUAUUCGGUCUGGCGUCCGACAGGGUUGUAUCCUGUCACCCAUAUUGUUCAACUACGCUAUUGACUGAAUCCUCGGGAGGGCCCUACGCGACAGUGACGGCGUUGAAUUUGCACCCGGACAUCGACUGACUGAUCUCGACUAUGCCGAUGAUAUCGCCUUACUUGCUUCAAGUUUUGGUGAUCUGCAGUCUAUGGUGUCACGGGUGAACGAGGUCGCUAAAUCCGUCGGUUUGUCCAUAAACGCUGGGAAGACCAAAGUAUUCUCAGGCUGCAUACCUGACCAGGAGAAGGCAUCCCUCGGGUUUGAUGGCUGUCAACUUGAAGAAAUGGAUAGUUUUAAAUACCUCGGGGCGAGGCUGCUGCCUAAUGGACAGAGUAAGGAGGACAUUGUCUCCCGAAUCGAUGCUGCCCGCUGGGUUUUUUCAAGCCUUCGGAAAUGCCUGUGGAACCGACGUGACCUAUCCAUCGCCACUAAGAUUCGCGUGUAACGUGCAUCUGUUCGGUCUGUCCUUUUCUACGGUUGUGAAUGCUGGACUUUGCGCGUGGAGGAUGAGCGAAAACUGGAGGUAUUUGACCACCACUGCUUGAGGAUCAUCCUUCGAGUGAAGCUAACCGACUUCGUUUCAAAUGAGACAGGCCGCGAUCGCUGCGACAACAUCGCAGGGAUGACUCAGGCCAUCCAAGAAAGACGACUGAGGUGGUUCGGGCAUGUUCUUCGUCGUCCACCUCAGGAGCUCAAUGUUACUGCCCUCGAUCCGGCACCGUUGCCCCAUUGGAAGCGUCGAAGAGGGUGUCAGUUCAAAACCUGGCUCGACACUGUCCGUCAAGACAUGGAGGUGGUUCUUGGACCUUCGGUAUUCGGUCUCCGUCGUUGGCGACGGUAACGGGUUGAGCAGUCUAGAUCUGCUGUCGCCGAUCGUCACGCGUGGAGAGGUACAAUUCGGGACAUCAUCGAGGCCGGCUAGAUCAGACAUGAUCGCAGCCGUAUCAAGUACAAGUACAAGUAAGUAUCCUUUCCAGCAAAUUGUUGUUAAAUUCGGUAAUCGACAAUGCCUUAGAAGGCCUUUUGCGAACUGAUCAUCCGACAAGUGAAAAUGGCGUGCAUCAGUAAACCUAGCUUGCCGGAUUAAAUAGGGCUUUCCGUCUUGCCUUCAGAUGUCAUCGAAUACUUUCAUGGCUGUCAGGUUUUUCGAAAACCCUUGUGGACAAUUGAUUUACUAAACGCAUAGAUCUAUAGUCAUCGCUUCAGACUCGCCUGCCAAAAGAAGUCGAUUGGCUAGGCAAAUAUGUACCUAUAUAUGCACGCAUAUAUCACAUUCGUCCUCUCUCGAAGAGUAAACAGUAAAGGAGGCGGCGCGCUUACGGACUGAGUCAUAAUUGUACAUUUGGUGAGCAAUUUUAACAUCUGGUCGGUCGUCUCUGAUACGUACUUUAUUUUCACCAGACCAUGCUAUAACCUUAGUGAUGUUUCCGUUCAGGUUCUCUGAGGGUAGACACAUAGGUAUAAAUUGAAAAACAGGCAUCCCAAGAAAUAUAAUUAGAAAGGUGAAGUUCUUUGGGAAAGAGCAAAAUUUUAUUGUGAAUUUUCGAGACUGGUUCCCCAGCUCGUCUUCAGACAACGGGUGUGCAAAAACAACUAACUUUUAGACUGAGUAGCAAAAUAAGUCCAUGAUUGGUUAAGGUUGUCAUCUCGGGAUUGGCUGACACAGUUUGAAUCUGUCCUUAACGAUUUUGUAUGUGGCAUCUAAAUCGAUAUGCCUGUGGAUGCAUGCCUCAUCUGAGUGCAUUGCCUCCAGGAAUUCGCGGCCUUUUCUUGUUUGGCAGGCGCCAACAAUGCGAGUGUUCUCCCAUGCGAAUUUAUGCCCAGUGUCUAGUGUGUGCAUGGCCAGCUGGGAUAGAUGGUCGCGUCUCUUCACCGCUAACUGAUGCUCAUGUAUACGGGUUGAGACAGAUUUCCCAGUUUGGCCACAAUAAACGGCAUCACAACUAGAACACGGGAUUUCGUAGGCGACACCUUUUCUUUCGAGGUAGCCGACCCUGUCCUUAGGGUGCACAAGCUGUGUGCGUAAGGUAGUUGCCGGCUGGUGUGCUACGUGUAUCUGGUACUUUUUCAAUUGUCUUUCGACAAGUUCAGAUACAUUUUUGACGUAUGGGGGAGUUCGCCAUGUGGUUUGUUUUGGUGCCUGAGUGGCCGUAGCACUGGAAAUACCUUUUCCCUUGAGUUGCUGGUGCCUCAUGCAUUGACGUAUAAAGUCAUACGGGUACCCAUUUUCGGAGAACAGUUUGUAGAGGUAUUUCAUUUCUGCUCGAUAACUUGUUUCGUCAGAGCAGUGGGUUUUGGCUCGAUUCAGAAGGCUGUAGACUGUGCUCCGUUUGUGAGAGACAGGGUGGUUACUCUCAAAGUGUAGGAUGACCUCUGAAUACGCCUCUUUGCGAUAAACUGAUGUCUGGAGUGAUCCAUCGGUUUUUCGACGUAUAAGGACAUCCAGGAAUGGGAAUUGUCCAUAGUUUUCGGCUAAUAAACGUCUUCGGAUAACCGUCCUGGUCUUCAAGUCUGAACCAGAUUGUGAGCUGUCGAAUGGUUACACUGAAAAAUGAGACUCUGCGCCGUUAUCGUUGAUUUUACGUAAAUUUUUUGCUUCUAUUUCGUCACUUGGACCUCGCUUGAGGAGCCCGUCCAGCAAGGGUACUUGUUGCUCCUGUUCUUUCCUCUUUGCUAAUUCUUUAGCAUAUUUUUUCUGACGAUGACAACUUUGUUGUCCACGCAACGGCGCCAAAAGUUCGGCAUCUGGCGGGAGAAGACAGUCUUCUCCAGCUCCUGUAGGACCAGUUGUGUCGCUGGACCAGAGAUUUGGGAGCUCAUCGAGUCUUCUUGAUAUACCUAUACGUUUCCCCUGCAAACGUGAAGUAAAGUCUUUGACAAAACUCGGACAGUCUCUAUUUCGGAUGGGCUCUGUGUUCCGUCGUAUGUCUCCCCAACUUUCUUUCGCAAGACUAUGGGCCAAACGCAGCAAGGUAGAUGUGGAUAAUGACCUCACGUCGAAAGAGGCCAUGAUUUCAGCCCAUUGGAUUCGCCGACUUCGGAAGUCUACGUGGAAUUGUAGGUUUAUCGAACUGCGGUAGUCAGACUGGCUCGGACGAUCUUCACAGGAGAGUUAACACACAUCUCCGUAUGUGAGCCAUUCUCCCGAAGCUACCAUGAGCAGCAGAGUCAUAAAAAUAAAGGACCGAUUAAACCCUAGGGAGGAGUCCAGUGCAGUUUAUCGUAUGCCGUGCCUAAAUUGUCUUUGCAACUAAACAAGUCAGACAAAAUGCGUGCUCCGAUCGUGUAGACACGAACACAAUCUGGUCGUAUGACAAUGACAAAUUAUUGUAAGUAACCGUCCACACCUUCGAAACAGACCCGGAGUUUAACUUGGCAGAAACCGGAAGACCAACCGAGAGUUGACUGAAGCCUGGGGCUUGGAUAAGGACGCAGUCAGUCGAUGUGUCGAUCUGUCGCCGGUAUACAGAACCCUGCGCAAUCCCUUUCAACUCUUCGGCUCCGAUCGCUGAUUGGCGUUUAGACUCAGGUCGAGUUAUAACAUGGAACACAAAGGCGGGCCAAUUUACAAAUUGGUCUAAGCAGUUUUUUGGAAGCGUUUAGUAAUCCAUGUAUUUUGCUUAAAAUAAUCUGCGAUCAAUGACGCUUUGAGUCGCCUUCAGUCGGAGUUUCUACUGGCGCGGGGGCGAUUUCACACUUCAAUUUCCCCACAACAAACAGCCAAACGCCCUUUCAAUUGAUCACAUCAGGCUAGUAAUUGAACUUGGGGAUGCAAUAAACUUACCGAAUCCUAUUCACGGCUUUGGGUCCCUUUGGAAGGACUCCUUCUUAUGAUGCUCUUUUGGGUGGCUAUCCUGGAUGAAAAAUCGUCACCCUUCUCGGAAUGAAACAAACGCGAACGAUGACUCAAUCUCUCCACUCGCUGCGAAAGGGAGACUGAUAUGGCGAAAUUAUGCCUUUUUAUGGUCAACAGCAAGUGCCUAGGGAAGACAAAAAGUAAUGUGGACCAACUGCCGCCUGAGCUCAAAAUUAUCUUCCUUUCUUGUUAUUUCAGACCGUUCCAAGUACGUUUAGGACGUAAUAGACAGGAUUACUUUAAUGAAGAUACGGAAGGACCCACCCAUGCAACGCUGGUGCGAUUGGCGACACAGAGGUCAAAAUGCUAUUGGCAGCACAUACCUCCGUGUAGUCUGUUAAGGAUUACUACGAGGGUUCCCAAUGAAUUCGUGUGUAUGUGUGUCAGAUGUUUCGGUCCCUCCGCUUCCGAACCGCGUUCGUCAGUUCUAUGCUUCCCCGCCCCUUGCCAGAGAUCUUACACUACUGAAGGCGGACUGAUGCAAACAAAAAAGGUUUUUUUUAAAAUCGGAAAAAUGAAUGCAUUUGUCUCUUCUACUCCAUUGUCUCCCCACCUGUCAAGAGCAUUAUGUCGGAGUACGAAACCCAACUGGUCUCUAACGGUGACUGCCCAGACGGUCUGUCUACCAUUCGCACUCGAGCCACCUUCACCUGCCUCAUCCGGCCCAUCCACGGCGCUGCGCCCAGGGGGAGUGCUGUGCCGUCCAGCGGACACAAUCCGCCGCCGCCGCCCCUGGUGGGUCUCAACCGCAUCACCUGUGCGCCGGGCAGGCUUGGUCGCACUAUUGAACACAGGCUUUUGCACCUGUCGUUCGGAUGUUCCACCUCCGCGGCGCCUGUUGCCGGUUCCCUUGACGAGGACUGUUUGCAGAAUGGAUACCGCAAUUCCGUCUGCCUUUUCAUUGUCUGUCCAGGUAGGGCUGUGCACUAUGAACUAGUUUUAUCGUCUUAACUUCCGCCUAGAGUGGAUGUGCUAACUCAUGAAAAGUCAACCAAAAUUUCGAAAUGCGUUCUCGUUUCGAAAAGAUAAAUUAAGCAGUGUUGUAAAACUAAUCAUGAUGCAGCAUAAAUCUAUAAUGAUCCAGUUACCUCAGGGUGUCGGCUUUAGAAAGAACUUAUUUUCGGCUGCAUGCAAUAUCUAUACUCUGCAAAAAAUGACUACUUAAGAAGCAUGCAAUUUUCUCAUUGAUUUUCGAUGCCCUUGAAAAUUCAAUUACAUUUCAUGGAAAACAUGCAUAAAAAUAUUAAUUCUUUUACUUAUUCGGUAGAAAAUCACGUCUUCUUCCGAUUUCAUACGCAAAAGAAGAGUAUAAUUCGGUUUUUAAAAACUUUUCUAAUUCCUGAAUAAUGUUUAACCCGACCUGCUGUUACACUUUCAUUCAGGGUUUCAAAACUACAAGCUGUAUAUUUUCCGUGUACGGGAAACCAUGCAUUUCUCUUCGGUGUUAAGAGGAGACCAUAUGAGGUUCAUAAAAGUACGCAGUGAAUUUGAGCAAUAUUGUUAACUCUACAAGCCACAUUCGUAAAUGCAGAUAGAUGACGUUUCAUGAACGGCCAUUUAAAGGUAUUAAGAAAUCUCACAAUUAGAAACUUUUUUAAAACCGAAUUAUACUCUUCUUUUGAGUAGCAAAUUGGAAGAAGACGUGAUUUUCUACCAAAUAAGUAAAAGAAUGAAUAUUUUUAUGCAUGUUUUCCAUGAAAUAUAAUUGCAUUUUCAAGGGCAUCGAAAAUCAAUGAGAAAAUUGCAUGCUACUUAAGUAGUCAUUUUUUGCAGAGUAUAGAUCUUGCAUGCAGCCGAAAAUAAGUUUUUCCGAAAGCCGACACCCUGAGGUAACUGGAUCAUUAAAAAUUUAUGCUGCAUCGUGAUUAGUUUUACAACACUACUUAAUUUAUCUUUUCGAAACGAGAAUGCAUUUCGAAAUUUUGGUUGACAUUUCAUGAGUUAGCACAUUUUUUUAUCAGAUCCCUCAUCGUAUCAUCAUCACCAAUACCACCGCCUUCACCGCACCACCACCGCCACCACCACCACUACCACCACCACCACCAUCACCGCCACCGCCACCACCACCGCCACUAUCACCGCCACCACCACCACCGCCACCGCCACCACCACCACAAAAAAAAUUGUUGUUUUCUGUUUCGCUAUAGGGUGAGAUGGCACAUUCGGCCGCCGUAUUUUACGGUCUUAACAAUUUGGUCGGACAUUUUGUGACGUCCUCUUAGGAUUCCAGUAUGAUUCCCUUCAAACUGUCAAUCGAACAAAAACUAUACGACAAUCCUUCGUUUAGACAUUUAGAAUGCAGUAUUAAAGUGCAAGGCGCAUGACUAACAAUAUCCCAUACGCAUAAUCAGCACUCUUUGUCCUCUCCAUCCCAAUUCGAAUUCAACCACCGAACCAGCGGGGAUGGUCAUUUUACAGCAUACGAAGAUUAGUAUCCCAUAACGCCAUGUUAUUGUUGCUUGAAGGCAAUGGCUGGGGAUUGAGGUGAGUCCAAUGUGCCUUGGACAGUUUAGACGAAGCAAUCAGCUCUAUUUAUAGCCUCAGUUUCAACCAUAACGCCCUCUACUAAACUGAGAGAGAUAUACUUUUAAAUCGACAAGCAGUGUGCUUACGCAGUCUUCCAACGAUUGUUCAGACCGCCCCCCUGCUACGGUUUCCCUUCAGUGCUCGAGGCCGCUUGCGACUGCGCUGUGGCCUCUCUCUCUCAAGAGCCUGAUGGGUGUAGCCACGCGAAAUGUGCUUGAGAGGACGUUAGCAUGGCUCUUUGCUGAUGCGGUGUAUGAAGGAAGGAUGGUGGAGCGAAGGCCGUGAUAUUGGGGGGGCUUCGGUGUGCGCGCACUGCCUUCUCAGGUCAAUCACUGGCCCUCCCAGCCCUUUCGUGCGUCCUAGAGCUCGCGGGGUUAGGCCCUGUGCCGCAUCGCCGCCCCCCCCCCUCCCCAGCCCCUCAUAUGAGCAUCACUCAGUCAUGCGGGAAUGGUGGUGGCUGGUAAGUGGGAAGGACGCGAUACGAUUGGCUCUUCUAAUUGCUGCUUUGUCCACGCGUGCACGUUAUGUCGUCGUCGAAAUAGCCACCGUGCUUACUCGUACGAGGACAGGCUCUAACAUGUUGGAGGUGUUGAAUGGUUACUAUUUUUCUCUAGUCACCUCCACAGCUAUGGCGGGGGGGGGGGUUCGGCGUGUAUGUUGUUUUUGUGUUCACCUCGUAAGUGCUCCUUUUCUGUUUGUUGCUGUCGUACUUGAAAGGAGUCUGCGAGCCACCUUUCGACUUCUACAGAAGAACCUCUGGACGUAUCUUGCUUAAAUAUGAUCUUGAACUGGGUAAGGUCACUUGGUGAUCGCUACUGAACUUCCCUGGCCGAAGAUCUCGCUUCUAGUAGCCAUUCCAACCAUCCAACUAUCCUCGUAAUCCCACCAGUCGUAGAAUGAAAAUCUUUACAGAGGGCAGAAGGCCACACGGGAAGUACUACAGGAUAUCUCGUUUGACUGACAUCGUUGGUGAAUGGAGCGUUCUGAUCGGUAUGAGAUCCGAGCCGUAGCCUGGUACAUGUAUUGGGACCAGGUCGUGUGUGUGGCUCGCGUAGACGGGCUGUUUAAUUUUGUCAGCCACUGCAUCCGCGCCCACUUACGAUCGUCAUAACAUUACUCCUGCCAUUGGAGCCAGGUGGGUGAGGGAGGAGUGAGAGAGUGCGGUGAAUGCCAUGCGAGUCUGCCCCACUGGAAACUAUAUCACGCGCAAGUCACCGGUGAUCCGCACACUGCGAAGGACACACGGUGGACGUCAAGGCCUGCGGCGGUCGAACUGUCGGCGCCCCAAUAAAUGACGGACUUCACCUCCCUCUACGCCUUACUCCAUGCCUGUCCAAGUACUUUUGUGGCAACGAAGUUGAACUGUGAUCUUCUUCCAGGUCGGGAGCGGUCAGGAGGAAAAAAGGGCAGUUUUUUGCCCGCGCAUUCCGAUGUGUAUGUUUAGUCACUUUUGACCUGUGUACUUUCGGGGACAUACCACGUAGGAAUCACCGGUUCUCAUCCAAUUACCGAAGUUAAGUUACGUUGAGCCCGGUUAGUACUUGCAUGGGUUUUGGGCUGGGAAAGCGGGGUGUUGCAGACAUCUCUCUUUUAUAGGGUUUUCAAAGGCUCUGCCUAUCGCCAUCAUAUAUAUGUAUGUAUUGCUGAUUGAAGCAAAAAUGCGCGUUCCCGGAUAUAACUGAGAAGAUAAGGCGAUCGCAGGAACCAUAGGUAUAUUUGCCUGACGUUUCGAAAGCAAACAAGCUUCCAUCAUCGGAUGUGGUUUGCGUACUGCACGUCACAGUAUUUAUGGGUUUUUGUUCUUCGUGCUGGCGUGUCUCUGACUGCCAGCGUGCUGCAUCUCAAGGCUUGGCGAUUUGUUGUCAUGGCGGCAACGGUUCCUCCUCAUUCUUUGUCGGGUGUGAGAAGGGGAGCGGCAUCAAGGCGACAGAGACAAGGGAGACCGAAAUGGCCUUUUCUGGCUUAUUAGCCGUCAUCAGCCAGUCAUACCUAACCCCCAGUGUGGAUCACUUGAGAUUCGAACCCGAGAUCUUUGGUCAUGGAGUUUAACGCUCAUGACCAAAGAUCCCGGGUUCGAAUCUCAAGUGAUUCACACUGGGGGUUGGGUAUGACUGGCUGAUGACGGCUAAUAAGCCAGAAAUGGCCAUUCCGGUCUCCCUUGUCUUUGUCGGCUCCAUCUCAUCUAUGUCUACUACUAGUCGCUGUGCGACUGCCUGCGAGGGUUUAAGUAUGAGCCCCAAGGCACAACAAAACGAGCAUGUUCUGUAACCUGAUCGGUGAGCGCGCAUCUGUCAUAAGUAUAUAUGUAUGUAUAGUUGAGGUUGUGUGCAUUCCGAGAUAAUAUGAUGAAGUGAGAAGGCUCGUCGGAAAAAUUGAUUUGUACUCGUGAAUUUUCGAGCUGGUGACACCAACUCGUCGUCAGACGAAAUAAACAGAGGAGAAAGUGAAAUUGUCAGACCAAAUUGGUUGACGUGACAGGGCAGCCACUGACAGGCAAGCAACUAAUGUAUGAAAUGGGGGUGGACACAUAAUUAGGCUAGGAUCUGUGGCGGGGGAGGGGAGAGGGAACUGUUGCAGCUCCCUGUGUUAGAGAGCAGGGGGAUGAUGAUUCAAAGGGAGUACGGAGAGUGGACUUAAUGAUCGUCGAUCUGACAUGCGGGCAGAGGUCAGUGAGCCAACGUAGAUGUGUUAGGGGUUGCAGAUGCGGUUAGCUUUGUCCGGGGUAGGGGAUGACGAAAUUUUGCGAUUAUACGUGGCCCUCCCCCGCCACAGAUCCUAGCCUAAUUAUGUGUCCACCCGCAUUUCAUACAUUAGUUGCUUGCCUGUCAGUGGCUGCCCUAUCACGUCAACCAAUUCACAAAUCAAUUUUUCCGACGAGCCCUCUCUCUUCAUCACAUGUAUAUAUGUAUAUAAUGGUAGGGAGCGCUCACCGAUCGUUCUUACGGAACUCAGUCGUUCCGUUGUACCUUACGGGCUCUCUCUCGAGCCCAACCAGCAGCCUCACAACAGCGCAUGAUAUAGGCAGUAUUUUAUUACCGACAACGACAAUGGAGACUGGAAUGGCCAUUCAUGGCUUAUUAGCCAUCUCCAGCCAGUCAUACCCAAUCCCGAAGUGUGGAACACCCUAGGCUCGAACUCGCGACCUGUUAGUUACAAGUCCACGCCUCAAAACAAGUGUUCAGAAGCGGAAAACUUUAAAACUAUCUAGACUUUCUGUGUACCAAAGAAGAGAGGGUAUAUAGUGUUUGAAAGACCACUCAUCAAUGCGAUAUGGUGAUUUUGCUGUGUUUUGUAUCAAGUACUCCACGCUGGGAUAAAAAUACAAGGGUUGGACACAGGAAUCUGGACCUCCCCCACUACUACUCAUGGGUCCGAAAUCUAACCCUAACGCCCCUAGCCCUGAUGACGGUUUGAUCAUUGCGAGCGACGAUGUUCACCUCGCGCUCCGUUGCAGAUGAGGUAGGCACGAUGACUUGCGCGUGAAUUAGUUAUUAGUGAGGGUAGACUUGCACAGCGCCUGUCUCACUCUCUCGUCCUCACUUUAGCCCCGUGUCAAGACAUAGACAAGAAGACCAUCUUAACAUUACUUCUGCUUUCGGAGCCACCUGACUUCGCCAGUCUCUGUGCAGUGGAUUCGCAUGUGACCGAUCAGACCGAUGUGUGAGGUGAAUGUGCAGUCGAAAUAAGGACAAGUUGGGACCGAGUCUACUUCUCUUGAGGCGGGGGCGGUGAUGGUGAAUGUGUGCGUGAUAUUCUGGGCGUGAGGACCUUUUUGGCCGUUGGCGAUGGGGUGUGGGUGUGUCCAGCUCUGGGUCGCUCGUUUGCAGGUGUAGACUACGCCUAGUAGUCACUUACUGCCAACCAACUCUCACCUGUGGCUCCCCGGAGCUAGGCUCUGUCUAGCCGCCACACGCCGAUAACCGCCUCGACCGGAGGGCUAGACCAGGUGAGCCUAUCCGUGUGUGCAUCUCCGAUAAUCUUGAAGAAGGAGACACGAUCGCCGGGACAAGAGCUUUAUUAGCCUGACGUUUCGGAUUCCUACUCGAAUCCAUCAUCAGAGACAAAAGAACAGAGCAGCAGAGCACCCGUUUCUGCUCUUUUGUCUCUGAUGAUGGAUUCGAGUAGGAAUCCGAAACGUCAGGCUAAUAAAGCUCUUGUCCCGGCGGUCGUGUCUCCUUCUUCAAGACUUCUUCCUGGGACUCGGCUCUUCGCAUCUCCGGUAAUCUUGACUCCGCUGGCGGGCAUCCGCAUCUCAAUGAUGAGGCUUCGUCUGGAACACCGUAGGAGGCCACAAGGUAAGUUAGCCCCCCCCCCCAGGUAAGGAACGUUGCUUUUGCUUGUUCUUGUUUGGUUGCAUUUGUCCUUACUGAAAACUGAGUGCCGUUCUGUUGCAUUUCCUCUGUUGCCUCUGCAUUUUGCUGUUCUUGUCUGCUUGCUUUGUGUCUGCUUGUUCAUGUCUGAUCUUAUUCUUAGCUAAAUGCCCUUCUGUUGAAUUUGUCUACUCACCGUUUAUAUUUCAGCAGCCAGUUAGCUUAGAGAGGGACGGAAAGCUCUGCAUCCCGUUUCUCUACCCAUCCUCCCUCCCCCCUUCAAGCUUACGGCGCUGUCGUAGGCAGUCCCAGGCUAACUCCGGUCGCUCUUCCAAUAAACAAAAGCCGUGGCGCACAGUGGAGUUCGGCAGUCGCCUGGGAUAGCUGAGCAGCCCUGUUUAGGGAUAGCACUGCUCAUCCCCCCCUCGCGAAGGGAACGGGGCUAGAAAAGGUGCCCUAAACAAGUGCAGGGGACCCACGCCUUCUGUAGGCUGACCGCGGCCUUAGACGCAAAACUCACGAUCGAAAGACUCAAAUCCGAAACAGCAUUCUCUCUCUCUCUCUCUUCCCCUUUCUCUCCGCCGCCCCACUCGUUAGACUGGUAGGGUGACAGCCUAGACUGCUCGUUUCCUUUUAAACAACCUGAGGAACAACCGACUGCAACGGAAGACGGCGCGAUACAAGGUGGACAUUGCAGUACUCAGUGAGACCCGGUUCUCCGAACGAGGCGAACUGGAGGAGGUGGGUGCGGGCUACGCCUUCUGGAGCGGUCGUCCAAGGGCAGAGCAACGGGACGCAGGUGUCGCCUUUGCCAUCCGGAAUGACAUCGUGGGAAGACUGCCUUGUCUGCCGCAGGGUAUAAACAAUCACCUGAUGAGCCUCCGCCUGCCCCUCCGGGGAGGCAAAUUCGCCAUCAUCGUCAGUGCCUGCGCUCCUCCGAUGACCAGCCUCGACGAGGCGAUGAACAAAUUUUACGAGGACCUACACGCCUUCCCGGCGUCUGUGUCGAAAGCGGAUAAGCUGAUUAUCCUUGGUGACUUCAACGCCCCCGUCGGUACAAACCAUGCUGCCUGA